CAGUCACGGUCACACUUCACGCAGUAAACAGAGAUUUUAUCGUGUAGUGUAGAGGAAAAGUACUGAAUUUAUGGUCAACGGCGCAUUAAACCAAACCAAUAAAAGUGUCUGGAUGAACCAAGAACCAGCGCGCUCCUACCAAUUAGCACAGGCGACCCAAAUUACGACGAGCGUUUUCUAAUUACGCAUUCCAAUCAUGGACGAAGCUAACAUACAGGACAAGGAGCGGUUCGCUAGCCGCGAGAACCACUGUGAGAUCGAGCGACGACGUCGCAACAAGAUGACGGCCUAUAUCACGGAACUCUCGGACAUGGUGCCCACCUGCAGUGCUCUGGCCCGCAAACCGGACAAGCUGACCAUUCUUCGCAUGGCGGUGGCCCACAUGAAGGCUCUGCGUGGCACUGGUAACACCAGCAGCGACGGCACCUACAAACCCUCCUUCUUGACCGACCAGGAGUUGAAGCACCUCAUCCUGGAAGCGGCAGAUGGUUUCUUGUUCGUUGUUUCCUGCGAUUCCGGAAGGGUUAUCUACGUCUCCGACUCUGUGACUCCCGUUCUAAACUACACCCAGAGCGAUUGGUACGGCACCAGUCUGUACGAGCACAUUCACCCCGACGAUCGCGAUAAGAUCCGUGAGCAGUUGUCCACACAGGAAUCGCAAAACGCCGGCCGCAUCCUGGACCUCAAGUCGGGCACUGUAAAGAAGGAGGGCCACCAGUCUAGCAUGCGGUUGAGCAUGGGAGCACGACGCGGAUUUAUCUGCCGGAUGCGAGUUGGAAAUGUGAGUGCAGAAACCAUGGUCUCCGGGCAUCUGAAUCGCCUCAAACAGAGGAACUCACUCGGACCCUCAAGGGACGGCACCAACUACGCCGUAGUUCAUUGCACGGGGUACAUCAAGAACUGGCCGCCCACUGACAUGUUUCCCAACAUGCACAUGGAGCGAGAUGUGGACGAAAUGAGCUCGCAUUGCUGCCUUGUGGCCAUCGGGCGGCUCCAGGUGACAUCCACGGCCGCCAAUGACAUGAGUGGCUCGAACAAUCAGAGUGAGUUUAUCACGCGUCACGCCAUGGAUGGCAAGUUCACUUUUGUGGAUCAGCGUGUUCUCAACAUAUUGGGGUAUACGCCCACUGAGCUCCUAGGCAAGAUCUGCUACGAUUUCUUUCAUCCCGAGGACCAGAGCCACAUGAAGGAGAGCUUCGAUCAAGUGCUCAAGCAAAAGGGACAGAUGUUCUCGCUGUUGUACAGAGCCAGGGCUAAGAACUCGGAGUACGUCUGGCUUCGCACUCAGGCGUAUGCCUUCUUGAAUCCCUACACCGACGAAGUGGAGUACAUAGUGUGCACCAACAGCUCUGGGAAGACAAUGCAUGGCGCUCCUUUGGACGCAGCAGCUGCUCAUACACCCGAGCAAGUGCAGCAGCAGCAGCAGGAGCAGCAUGUUUAUGUCCAGGCUGCUCCCGGAGUGGACUACGCCCGCAGGGAACUGACCCCAGUGGGCAGUGCCACCAACGAUGGCAUGUACCAGACGCACAUGCUGGCCAUGCAGGCUCCGACGCCGCAGCAGCAGCAACAACAACAGCAACAGCGUCCUGGAUCCGCGCAGACCACACCUGUGGGCUAUACCUAUGACACCACACAUUCUCCGUAUAGUGCUGGGGGACCCUCGCCAUUGGCCAAGAUCCCCAAGUCGGGCACAUCGCCCACACCUGUGGCGCCAAACUCCUGGGCAGCACUGCGUCCACAGCAACAACAACAGCAGCAGCCCGUGACCGAGGGCUAUCAGUACCAGCAGACGAGUCCGGCCAGGUCGCCAAGCGGUCCAACCUAUACCCAAUUGAGUGCCGGAAACGGCAAUCGUCAGCAACCGCAGCCGGGAGCUUAUCAAGCAGCUCCUCCGCCACCGCCGCCAAAUGCGCCGGGAAUGUGGGACUGGCAGCAGGCUGGAGGGCACCCGCAUCCGCCGCACCCAACGGCGCAUCCGCACCAUCCUCACGCUCAUCCCGGAGGUCCUGCCGGAGCAGGUCAGCCGCAGGGUCAGGAGUUCUCGGACAUGCUGCAGAUGCUGGACCACAGUGGGACGACCACGUUUGAGGACCUGAACAUCAACAUGUUCAGCACGCCGUUUGAGUAAUCCCAAUACCCUCCCGAUUCCCCUUUCCCUUCCCCUUCUUUACUCCCCACUUAACCUGUGUCUCUCUCAACCACUGUUCAAGUGCAAUCCAUCUUAACAUUGUUGAAAUAAUUCAGCCAAACGCAUGCAAACUGUAAUCUCGUAAAUAGCAUUUUAAGUACAUAGCCGUAGUCACGUACACGUCUCUUGAUAACUUUUAUUUUUGUGUGCUAUGCCUUCUUUACUUCCACCUGACAUUUCCAUAACCCCGCCCCGCCUGCACUUAACCCGCUCAUUGGCCGUGUAAAAGUAUUUACAAUUAAAGUAACGAAAGGGAAUAAGUUCAUCGCGAGAGAAUAUGAAUUGAACUUUCUCAUCGAUACUAUAGGAUUAAUUCACGUGUGACACGCUUUGUGCAGAGUAUUCUUUUGUAUUUCUCAUCAAGCAUUUUAAAGUUCAUGCAACAUAUACAUAUAUAAAUAUACAAUCCGUAGUCUAAUAUACAAAAAUGUAUAAUUGUAAGCUAUACAAGUGCACCACUUACACUUUUUCGCCUCGAACAACCAAUGACAUUGACACCAUUUCAUACUAAUUUUAGCUCAUUUUCCGCCAAUGCAACCAGAAGAACUUGAGCAAACAAUAUACAUAUUCUAUAUACAUAUACACACAAAAUCGCUUCAUGUGCAGCUUUUCAUUUUGUGUUAAUUGCAAUUCAUGCAGAACGAAAUCUUUCAAGCUCAAUACAGUGGCGCUCAAAACUAAAUCGCACACACAACAUAAGACCAUUUGAUGACGACAAGUUCAAAAAUUAAAUUAGUUAAGGCCAAUCCAAGAAACAAAUUUAAAACAAUUCUUUAGCCGCUAAGUUUCAAACAACGAUUAUGCUUAAACCUUUGUGUAUUGAGUAUUUUGAGUAUUGAGAACAAAUAUUUCGGUUUUUAAUAAAAUUAAACAUAAUGUACUACAA